CAAUUCAUUAUGUUUUUCCGCGCAUCCUUCGUUGCUUCCUUGUUGGCGGUUCUGCCUCAGGCUUUAGCCUCCGAGGCCUGCCAUUGCUUCCCCGGAGACACCUGUUGGCCCACUGAAUCUGAGUGGUCUCAAUUCAACAACACCAUCGAGGGUCGACUAGUGGAGACCGUGCCUCUAGGCACACCUUGUCAUGACCCUAACUACAAUGCUGCGACCUGUGCAGUCUUGAAGGAUGGAUGGCUCUUUCCCGAGCAACACUAUGAAUCGUCUUCCUCGAUUAUGGCACCGUUCUUUGCCGAGGGUGCUUGUGAUCCCUUCCACCCCGUCUCAAAGCCCUGCACACUGGGUAACUAUGUGCGCUACAGCGUGGAUGUUACCAGCCCCGAUCAGAUUUCCAACACUGUAAAGUUUGCAACCGAGCACAACAUCCGUCUUGUCAUCCGUAACACCGGCCACGACUACAAUGGCCGAUCCACUGGUGCUGGAUCCCUUGCAAUCUGGACUCACCACCUGAAAGAUCUGUCAAUCGACUCCUACGAGGAUGAGCACUACUCCGGAAAGGCCAUGACUAUGGGCGCUGGAAUUCAGGGCUUCGAAGCCUACGAGCUUGCCGAGAAGACUGGCUACCAGGUCGUUGGCGGUGAAUGCCCCUCCGUUGGUCUUGCCGGUGGCUACUCCCAAGGAGGUGGUCACUCCGCCCUCAGCUCCCGCUACGGUCUGGCCGCCGAUCAAGUCCUGAAAUGGGAGGUCAUCGAUGGCCAGGGUAACUUCAUCACCGCCACCCGUGACAACGAAUACUCCGAUAUCUUCUGGGCUCUUAGCGGUGGCGGUGCGGGCACUUACGGUGUCGUCUGGUCCAUGACCUCAAAGGCACACCCCGGAACUCCCGUCUCCGGCCUGAACAUGACAUACACAAGUGAGGGUAUCUCGCAAGAUACCUUCUACAGUUCCGUCGAGGCCUUCCACGCCGAGCUGCCCGCUAUCGUCGAUGCAGGUGCUAUGAGCGUUUGGUACUUCACUAACACUAGCUUCUCUAUUGCUCCUAUCACCGGUCCCAACAUCCCUGUCGCUGACUUGGUGGCCCUUCUCAAGCCCUUCACCGACAAACUCGACAACCUCGGCAUCAAGUACACCACCGUUUCCAAGCAAUACGACAGCUACUACCGUCAAUUCCAGGAUAUGCAAGGCCCCAUCCAGGUUGGCACUGCCCAGUAUGGAGGCUGGUUGGUCCCGAGAUCGGUCGUUCAGGACAACAACCACGCCCUGCUGACUGCCUACCGUGAGAUCACCGAGGCCGGUGGUGUCUUCAUUGGUGUCGGCUUGAACGUCUCCCAGAAGGUGACUGGAGACGUCCACAACGCAGUCCUCCCUGCUUGGCGCGAGACCCUGAUUGAUACUACUUUGACUACCCCUUGGGAGUGGGAUAAUGAUGCUCUCAUGUUGGAGCGCCAGCGCCAAAUGACCGAGGAUUUCAUUCCUAAGCUGACUGCGCUGUCUCCCGAGUCCGGUGCUUAUAUGAAUGAGGGUGACUUCCAGCAGCCCAACUUCAAAGAGGUCUUCUACGGUACCAACUAUGAUGCCUUGCGUAAGGUCAAGGCCAAGUAUGACCCGAACAAUAUCUUCUACGCCAGAACUGCUGUCGGUUCCGAUGAGUGGACCGAGAGUGAGGAUGGCCGCUUGUGCAAAGCGACCUAG